UGUUUUUAUUUUUGGGCGUCUAACGGUAGUCAACUAUCUAAUCGGGCUUACAAAUGCCGGCACUCUUGGAGCUUGAUUUUAUUAUUGCCGCGAACGUCCAAAACAUCGGUGUGUCGUGUACUCUGUGGACACCGGCUGGUUGGUGCAUAGUUUUCGCGGCAAGGCAUGGACAUUCUCGAGCUUGGACAACCUCGCCUGCAACCAAGCACAGAUACAAAUGUCCCUUAACUGGGUUUGGGCCGGCGUUUCCGAACCCUGCCUGACCUUGGAGGUUGGCAACGGUGCGCCCGGCCGGGUUACGCAGGUUGUACAACGCCUAGGGGUUACAGGUCACUUCAGCCCCCCAGUAACCGUCCCCACUGGCCACCUGUGUGCGGAGAUGGGGGGGCUUGUGGUCAUCGACAACAUGGGGUCUGUUAAUCUACCUGCGAAAUAUAAAGGAGGCUCCUUCCCGUACGCGUGCAAGAUCACCGACGACUACACGAAGAUGAAAGAAGUGUACCUGCCUCGCAAGAAAUCUGACACGACCGAGGCGGUGCACACGUACAACAUGUGCGUCGCAGCGGCAGGAGGCUACCAGAUCGAGACCAUCCGCUGCGACAAGGGAGGCGAGAACACUGGAUCCGACUUUCGGGACUACUGCAAGAAUUCAGCUAUCAAGCUCGAAUACGCCGCCACCAACACCCCUCAACAAAUUGGUGUAUCGGAACGGGACGGACAAACCCUGGCCGGAGUCACCCGGUGUCUUCUGAAGGAUGGAGAUUUUCCGCCGUCCAUGUGGGGGGAGAUAAUGCUGACUGCAGCAUACCUGUUGAACAGGUCCCCACACUCAGCACUGGGAGGAGCUACGCCAUACUCGAAGUUGCACAAUAAGUCACCUGAUCUCUCGGGACUUCGGGUCAUUGGAGCGCGCGCCUUCGUACACCACGAGAGAUACCGAAAGAAGCUGGACGACAGAGCUUUCGAAGGCAAGCUAUGUGGUUUCGGCCUCGACAGCCAGACCUACCGGGUAUUGGAUCCAUCCAACGGGGCCGUGGUCGAGAGCCGGAAUGUGACUUUCAUCGAAUCUCCACCCCGCUCAGUGCCCUUCCAGUAUUCCACUGAAGCAAACGGGUACGAGAGCGACGUGCUGAGCUUCACCUCCCUGCUGGACAGCCCCCACUCGACGAGCGACCUGGACUUCACGGCGCAGAACGAACUCCUUCGGCAAUUAGUCAGGAAGAUGCAGCGAGACAAUCUCGCUCGCGAGGAGCUUCGCUUAGAACUGGACGGGCACGAGGACGAACAUGGAAACGGGCAAGAUCUCGGCGACGGGGACGCUCCA